UGCAACCACUCCACUGCGCGUCGUGUCGUGGCGUCUGCUAUGGAAUCGAGAACUAUUUUCUUACAGUAGCCAGGAAGCACUCAGCAAUAUUUAUUUACAAACAAUAAACCUCAGUCAGCGUAAAAUAACAAUCAAAUAAACAAUUCUGGUGGUUUUUGCACAGCAACAUUAGGUACCAUAAUUUUACAAUGUCAUGGAUAAGUGAUCAUGGAUUGUCAUGGAUGCAGAAGCUAGGUGUCCGAAUCAUAGGAAGUGGACGUAUUCCUAAACAUGUAGCUUUUAUAAUGGAUGGCAAUCGAAGAUUUGCCAAGAAGCAUAAUGUUCAGAAAAUAGAAGGGCAUUUAAAAGGGUUCGAUAGGUUAUCAGAAACUCUCAAUUGGUGCUUAGAACUAGGAAUCAAGGAAGUAACAGUUUAUGCAUUCAGUAUAGAAAAUUUUAAGAGAACCCAAGACGAAGUUGAUGGACUCAUGGAUUUAGCCACGGAAAAGUUUCAACGUCUUCUGGAAGAGAAAGACAAACUUACUGAACAUGGAGUGCACAUCAGAGUUAUUGGGAAUCUUGACCUGUUACCUAUAGAUCUACGGAGAUUAAUGGCCAAAGCAAUGCUAAUGACUAAAGAUAAUAGUAAAGCUAUUCUAAAUAUUGCUUUUGCUUACACAGGAAGAGAAGAAAUUAUGCAAGGUGUUAAACAAACAGUACAUGGUGUAGCUGAUGGGGUCUUAUCAACAGUAGAUAUAACUCAAGAUCUCUUAUCAAAAACCUUUUACACCAAUCAUUCUCCUAUUCCUGAUCUUCUAAUUCGAACCUCUGGAGAGGUUCGUCUUAGUGAUUUUUUACUAUGGCAGGUGUCAUGCAGCUGUGUUUAUUUUUCUAAUGUGCUCUGGCCGGAUUUCACCGUGUGGGACUUUUUGUCGGCUGUCUUUUACUACCAGCGUUGCCACCAGAACUUGAAACAUGUUCAGCAUUUAGAAAAUGAAUGUGAUGGAUUACAUCAAAGUAUCACAACUGAAGACUUUGUCCUAAAUCUGAAUAAAAAACGAGAGCUGUACCUUGCCCAAUUGGCUAACUGAAAAAAGCCAUAAAUUUAUUUUGUUCUUGUUAAAUUUUGUUAAGUUUAUUGCUGCUGCAGUGUUUGAAUAUGUUCAUCAUGGAAACCAAAAAAUGUGUUUAGUAAUGCAACUGAAUAUUUUUAAUUUACAUGUGAUCCGUUUAAGUGUUCUGUAGAGAGAGGCUUUGUUACAUCUAAAGACUUGAAAUACAUUCAAGGUGAAUUGUAAUCACCCAAGUAGCUAAGAUUUGUAAUAAAUGCAUCAAUAUAAUGUCAAA